CAUUGGCUUCACACACACAUACACACACACCGGCCCUCCUUUCAGUGUGACACAUGAAGAACAGAAAGAAAACAACAGACACACAGUUGACAGCUCACACACAGACGCCCAAAAAUGACCCUGCAUUGUGUGUGCUCUUGCUUGUUCAUAUUGACGGCAGCUUCUAUGCUGCCUUCCUUCCAAGCGACGUCAGCUAUUCGCUAUCCAAAAAUCAAUGGCUCAGAAAGUCUGAACUGUGACUGCCCAGAUCACGCCUGCCAGGAGGUUUUUUGGUACCGAUACCUUCAAACGACAAACACUUUUCAGUUCCUAAUGUACGUCAAUAGCGCCGGCAGAGAGGAGAUCGCAGAAAACCUGAACCAUUCUCUCAAGGGCACGGUGUCCAAUGGACCAAAGGUGUCCUACAACCUGCGCAUCGCAGAUCUACAGCGAGAAGAUGCUGGCUUUUAUUCCUGCAUGUUUAAAGCCAAAAAGAUAAUGCCCAGAGGAUAUUACAUAAAGCCUGGAGUGAAUCCUCCAACACUUCAGCCGCCAACAGUUAAGACAGAGAAACCCAAGAGAACCCCCUGUAAUCAUUGCAAACCCAACAGGACCACUGAAGGUUGUGAAAGUUCGGUGCUUUGGCCAGGCAUCGGUGCUCUUCUGCUUUUGGCCAUUGCUCUUGCGGGCACGCUUUACUACUUCAGUCGUUUACCUAAAAAGUGCAGACAUCGAUUCACCAAGACGAAUCCAUUUCGAUGAACAAAAAUGAGACUCUUCAUUUCCAAACAAAAUGUAUCUACAAUUUUAUAAAAUAAAUCUAAUUACCUUAAAAUCUAUGCUUGUCUUUUAAACUGCAUGUAUUAUAUGACUCCUGACCUACAGUAAAAGCUUGCCAUUUUUGUUCAUUUUUAGGUGGUGGUCUUUUUUCCCUAAAAGUGGGCCUGUAGAUACCAAGUAUAUUAUGUUUUAAAAUGUAUUACGUUUAUGUGUGAAUUACAAAAACAGCUUCAAUCUGCUCUUAGUUCUGUUAUUACAGUAUUCACCCUCAAAACUGAACUGAUCUCACCUUAAACCUGGACUAAACCCAGCUGUUCGUCUUAAGAGACUUUAUAUAUUUUUUUAUUUUACUUUUACCAUCAGUAAUGAAAUGUACAGUUUUUCUGAUGUUCUUUUUUUCUGUGCUGAUAUGUUUAUUAUUCUGCUUCAGAUGUUGUUUACAAUCGUGUUUUAAUUAAACUCUUGUAUUUGAGCGUUGUU